AUGGCCAACACCGUCGAUCCCCCGAUGAUGGAGAGGUCUGCUAUCUCGGACAUCUUCCGAGGGCAGGUGGCUUACCUGCUGGAGUGCCCCGGGCAGAAAAAUUUCAUCACCCUACAGCCGUUUAUCACGGUGCACAGAAGAAUGGCUGCCCACAUGACGAAGUAUGAACUGUUCGCCGUGGUGACGCACGUUGCGUCGCUAGCCAUAGGCGGCCACUACUACACCGACGCCUUCCACAGGGGAAUAAAGCCCAUAAACAUAAGCUCAGCAACCAAGACUCACCAAGUCUUAAUCUUGCAUGGAAAGAAUCACGUACAAAGGUUCGGCGAUUUGUGGGCAGAGGAAGCUAAGGAACUACAAAAAUUAGCGGAUACAAAAAAUACUCAAAAAUUUUACGAUUCUCUCGAGUCCGUCGAUGGACCGGCCCAGCUGUUGCUGAACUUGAUAGCCCUCCUACACUCGAUGUCAGCCGCCAAGGAAAUGAAAUAUAACAAAACGGCAAGACCUGACGUCAUUCCCGCAGAGAUAUACAAAUAUGGCGGUCACCAUCUAGGCCAGCAGCUGCAUAAUUUCAUUCCUCGAAUGUGGACCAGUGGCAUAUCCUCAGUGUCAACAUCAUCGUCGUCGUCGUCAUCAUUGCAAGGAUAG